CUCGUUCCCAUCUCAACUCUCGUUUUUCUUUUCUUGAUAAUGUGUCAUUGAUGGAAAAAAAGCCUUCUGGAAUGGAAGACUUGAGGAAUGAGCACACGGACAUUGUCAGAUAGAGCGAAUCAACAAACCAGCGCAACCAGAGCAUCAGCGGACCCGCUCUAAGGUUAUUCCAGGCUGUCCAGCUCUCGCCAGCCACGGAGAUCACUAGUGUACGAGUAGUCAUCCUCCACCCCCGGACCCUGGAGCGUUUGGCGACCAGCAACACUCUUUUGCAAAACCUAGACAUCGGAUGAAUGGGAAACAACGACGCGGCCAAGUUUUUUUUCGUCUGUUGAUUGAGAAUUGGGUGUUGAGUGUACGCGAACGAGGAUUGAGACGUAUGACACGACACGCACCGAUUUUAUUCCUAUCCAAACACACCGAGCGAGCGACACUGCGCUGGAAACCCGAGGAAGGAGAAACAGCCGACGGAUUCAGCGAUUGAGGAGGCCGAGGGGUGCGAAACAUUGGUGAUUGUUUCUUGCUUUCAACCACAUCCGGAUCUGCGAGGGAUUGAUCAUUGGAAGGAGGAAACGUUGAGCAUAAGCAUUUGGAAAACCUACGACGACAGCGGUUGAGAGUAAUCAGUACAGGAACCUUUAUUGAAGCGAACGAGUGUUGGAUUUGGUUGAACAUAUACUGGAUAAUUCGGCACUUUCGCUUGCACAGUCGGUCGCUACCUUCACUUCGUCAUAAAGAAUAUAAUUGAAACCAGAGAAGAGGGAGCUUGGAUUCACUACAACAACGGUACGACGACAAACCGUUGGUCAUUCACCCUUCUUUUUAACUAAUCAACAAUCACCACUACUGCGUCAUUGACAUCACCAAUCACCAACGGAUAUACGUUUUGAGGACAAUAGAGGUCGGAAGGCCAGGCUCAUCAAAUACCACAAUCCUCCUUGGGUCAAUCCAUUCAUUCCGAUCACAGCCGCCAAAAUGCUAUCCUUACCCACCACCAUGGCGACUCUCGUCCUCCUGCUCACCAAUCUCACACCUACCCACGCACAGCAAGCAGCAGAUGGAGUAAUCGUCCCUUUCACCUCCCAACUCCCAGUUUGCGCCUCCAAGUGCGGUCCCCUUUACGAUGUACAAGGAGGAUGUACCGACCCAGCAAACGCAAACACCUGUUUCUGUGCUGACGCCCGACUGGUAUCUUUUAAUACGGGUGGUACCGCUGCGGUAAGCUCAGUCUGUGGACCAACUUCAUGUACGACACCAGAGGAUUUGGAGAAAGUUAGGACUUGGUACACGGGAUAUUGUGCGAAUGGUGGGAACAGACAAGCUACUCCUGCGGAUCCGACAGCACCAGGAGCAGCACCAGGAGCUACGGCGGGUACGGGAUCAACUACUGCGGGGAGUGAUGUAACUAAUGGACUUGGAUCGAGGCCUUCCUCUGGGACUGGUGAAGGUCGUACUUGGUAUAUUCCCCCUCCUACCCCAACUCAUCCGGACGAGUAACCCCAAGAAACCAAGAAACUCAUAGCUAACCAAACCAUCAAAAACAGGCUAGAAGGCCACUGGAAAUGGGUCAUCAUGCUCGUCAUCCUUGUCGUCGCCAUCGUCGGCGGCUGGAUCGGGGCUUGCAUCUGGCGGCGCGCCUACCUCCGCAAACGCGAGCGCGAAUUCGAGCUCCGGCCCCCCGUCAUCCCCUUUGCGCCCUCGCAGGAACACCAUAUCCCCAGCUUGCAAGGGACGCCGUCGGGUCUCCAGGCUGUCUACGGACCCGGGGUGGGGAUGGGUGCGGGUGGUCAUCUGAAGGAGUUGAGGAGUGCGAGUACGGUUGUUGAUACCCCAUCGCAGCCGUCGGUGCGG